AUGGAACGCGCCUCCUGUCACAUACUCUAUGUCAAUCGCAAUGUGAGCGAAGAUGGCUUGAUUCGUCGUGCUUCUGGCGACGCCGCAUCCGAUUGGGCAACGGAUGAGGCUCGUCAGGUUGUACAACCUUUGUUGGAUGCCUUUGGCGACGUUCACGUUUGCGCAACUGGAGGCGGCUGUUUGACGAAGCUGUUUGAAUUACAGGAGGGUUCUAUGCUUGACUUGAAGCCAACUCUAGUACUGCUUGAUACGCCAAAAGACGAUUCGAUUCCUGAUAGGAGGAGAAGGUUGUCGUCUCCUUCCCCUUCUUGCAACUCCUCAUCAGAGAAUGUCGACAUUCACACCCCUGAUGAAGAUCUGUACGGCCUGGGCCUGCUGCAAAAAAUUAUCACCGAAGCGCACCUGCGUGGCAUGUCCAAGCUUGUUGUCCCGAUCCCGGUGAUCAGUAAUUCUGAGCCAGAACAACCCUAUACCAAUGGACAAAUGACCGACGGUACUGUUGAGCACAUUCGUUUGCCGUUAGCACCGCUCGACACGAAUCGUCAACUCAUAAGAAGAUGCCUGGACCUGGGGGCUGUCGACGUCAUUAUCUGUCCAAUGAGCACUAAGUGCAUUACGAGUCUGGAAAUUUGCGCUUAUCGAGCCCACAGAGAUGCAGCUAAGGAGCAAUCAACCCUGCUAGAAAUUAGGCAGGGCCGAAAGCGUUCGUGGGUUGGUGUCAACGAGGAGAAACCGUUCGCAUAUUUGCGCGAAGCGAUGGUUUCUGGACUCAUGAAGGGAAUCUGCCGCUUGGGCACCAGCGACGACCAGAUCAACAAUGCCCAUGUUGCUGUUUCCUCGGAGCGGCAAUCUGCCAUCGCGGAAGCGAUAGGAACCUGGCACUUCUGUGCUCAUUCGUUUACUGACGAUGAGCUGUUGGUUGCUGCAAUGGACAUGUUUAGACACGCUUUGGCAAUGCCUGAACUUGAGCGUUGGCGGAUACAUGCAGAUCAACUAAUCAGCUUUCUCGUUGCUUGCCGUGCUGCAUACAAUAAUUUUGUCCCGUAUCACAACUUCCGCCAUGUGGUGGAUGUAUUGCAAGCUACUUUCAAUUUCCUAGUACACAUCGGUGCUCUCGCGCCCUAUCCUUCUGGGGGCGAACCCCCGUCAAUGGCUGAAAGAUCACCAAUGGCUUCUCUCAUCACUCCCUUCGAAGCUCUGACACUUCUUAUCACCGCCAUUGGUCACGAUGUUGGGCAUCCGGGUGUGAAUAACGGGUUCCUUGUGACACUAAAUGCCCCCUUGGCCCAGCUGUACAACGAUCGGUCCGUCCUGGAGUCGUUCCAUUGUGCAGCCUAUUCACAGAUCCUUCGGCGAUACUGGCCAUCCGCCUUUGAAGACACGAAGAUGCGUAACCUUAUGAUCAGCUCCAUACUGGCUACGGAUAUGGGUUUGCAUUUCGAUUAUAUGAAAAAGCUUGGAGAUGUUCAAGAGCGACUUCAGGCGAGCAACACGACCGAUGGCUGGAAUGGCCGACAGAUUGAAGAGAACAAGUCAUUGGCUUGUUCGCUCCUCAUCAAAUGUGCUGACAUCAGUAACGUGGCACGAAGUCACGAAAUAGCCUUGCAAUGGACGUACAUUUUAUCCGAGGAAUUCUCCCGACAGGCUUCAAUGGAAAGUGAGCUCAGUAUUCAGUCAUCACUUAUGACGCCGCCGAAGCAAGAUAUGGCCUCACUGGCUAAAGGCCAACUCGGAUUCAUGAACCUAUUUGCCACCCCGCUGUUUCAGGGCGUUGCCGACAUCAUGCCUACCAUGCAGUACACCGUCGACGAGCUUGAGAUGAAUAAGAGCCUCUUCGAGCUGAAACUUCAACAAGAGAAGGAAAAGCAGCCACUAGACGAUCCGGUCCGGAGGCGUCUUCUUAAAGAGGGCACAUUCUCGCCGAGAACUAUGAGCUUCGCGGUGCCCCAAGAGGAGGAAAAGGAGGAGAAAAGGGACAUGGCGCCGCUGUUUGAAGCAUUAGAUCGGGCAUCAGACACAACACCGGUUGGCAAUGGUGAGCUUCCAAUGCCACGUUCUGAGAGUGAUGAUCUAUCGCCGGCCGAUAGUCAGAGGACAAUGGGGCCAUCGCCUGUGAAUGGUGCAGCUGUAGAAUCCAAGGGUUCUGAUGGAUCGGUAUCAACAUUUGACGCGGUUAGAGAACUGGCGAAUAGUGACCCGUUCCAGACACAGACCAGGAGGGACUCAGCAAAACAGCGAUCAAGCGAGACGACCGACGGAAGUGUAUCUGGUGCCUGCUCGGGCGAUUGGGUUUCGCAAGCGACAAGCGCAACGACGGGCAAGAUGCCAAUGUCACCAAGUACACGGGGUACAAGCAUUGUGAGCAGGGACUCGACUGAACAUGCAACUGGGAUUCCAAAGAUCAACGUCGACACAGCAAGUCUGAAAGAAAGCUCAGGAACGCUUCGCCAUGACUACUCGCCCAUUGACGACGAGACAAGAUCAGACGCGAGCACAACAGGUGGAAGUAUUGGUAAGGCCGAAGGCAAAUCGCUACGGAAGAAGACGAGCAGGUUCAGGAUAAAAGACUUUCCCUUCUUCAGGAAACACAAAGGUGCAAACUCUCCGUCUACCGCGGAUACGACUUGA